CUUCCGGUACCGAUCGGGUGGCGACAACAGCUUGUCUAUAGUUGUGACAGAAAGAAGAACACCGGAACCCCAACUGCGCAACACAGUUCCUCGACGGACAUCCAGCGACACACCUUAAAAUGGCAGCUAACAUCGAGCAAAUCUUCCAAGAUUUUAUUUGGAAUAAAAUCAGAGAAUUUGAACACCAGAAUGUGGACGCAACCUGUGCUGCACAUGCUGAUUCUUGCAGUGAAAUGGUCUCUGGAGACGAAAAGAUUGAUGGCAGGAGUUCACAGAAGAAACACAAGAAACACAAAAAACAUAAAAGUAAGAAGAAGAAAAAGAACAGAGAGAAGGAGGAAAAAGACAGCAGGGUAAAUUCUAUGAAAAGUUUGGACGCACAAACACAAUCUCCCUCCAGAACAAGAUCCUCAACAGUCACAGAGCAGCAGGAUGAUGAUAGUAGUUCCAGAAGUCACAAGCACAAAACAGGACGGAGGAGGAAGAAGAAGAGGCACAAACAUGAGGGACGAGAAAACUCCUCUGAUUUUGACACAAAGGAACGAGGGACUAAAACUGAUGAACGUUUCUUGUCAAGGCAACAUGAGCAGCUGCCUGAUAUCAUUCCAAAACAGGACAGUUCCAAUAAACAAAAAACAGAUGACAAUAGUUGGAGCCCGUCCCGUUCACAUUCUAACUGUUCACAUUCCGGUUUAGAGAGGUGGACCUCUCGACCUUGCAGGUCCUUAGACAACAGAGAUAGUUUGGACCCGUCUGCAGAGUUAAAAAAAAAUAUCUCAAAAGAUAGCCAGCAUCUGUCGCACAGUCCUAAAGGUGGAAACAAAGCAGAACUGCAGAGACUGGACCACGGUCACCAGCCAGCAGGGACAACAAGAGAAAGUUCAUGUUGGAAUGAUUGUCUUGCAUCCGGGUCCCUGUUAAGCCCAUCCGUUGAGUUGCAAGGUAUUGCUGAGUACAUUGUCCCACAGCUAAAAGGCUCAGAGACCGUCUCAGCACCUGAGAGAAAAUCCCCUGCAACGAUGAAGCUUAAUACCACCAUGACACUAAGGAGUGAAGAAGGAAAAUCAGUGACCAUGCAGAAAAAAUCUAGGUCCCCUUCAAGGACCCUCAGGAAGAGGGCUAGAUCCAGAAGCUCCCCAAGGAGAAAGAGUUAUCGGUCAAGGUCCAGAAGUCGACAGUCACGGAGGUCAUGUUGUACGUCACGAGAUGGGGGAAGGCAGCCUACCUACAGCCAGAGGGACCGCUGGAAACGAGAGCCAAGCCACUCGCCUGUGCUUAUCCUGCGCAAAAAAAGGUCCCCCACUUGCAAACAUCGCACAGCUGCCAGCUGCCCUCAAAAAAUCAGUGACCUAGGAAAGGAGCAGCUGUUGGAAAUUGCAAAGGCCAAUGCAGCUGUCAUGUGUGCCAAAGCAGGUAUGUCCAUCCCUUCCAGCCUUAGGACCUCAAUGCUGCCGUUGGCAUUGCCAAACAUGGCGAUGAAUGCUGCUAUGGCCAGUAUGACAGCAGCCACCAUGACCGCUGCCUUGUCCAACAUUGGCACCCUGUCCUCACUAUUGCCGCUGCCAACCAUUCUCAACAAACCUGGUGCAAACCUUGCUCAGCCCAUAAAUGCUGCUUUUGAGGAAGCGAAAAAGAAAGUAGUGAAGCAUGCUAACAGCAUCAGCAUUAAAGAGUUCACUGAUAAGUGCAAGAUGAUUGUGGACAGCAAAGGCGAGCUGCCGGAUGCAUUACCGCAUGUGUUGGUGGAGGAGGAUGACGGGAAACCAUGUGGGGGGUUGCUUCUGCGUGAACAUAAAGCGAUCAGCUUCAACAUUAACAAUACCACAGUACGACCAGCCGCUGCAGGCAUGGCAAAAGAAUUCCCAGUGUCUUCAGGAUCUCAACACCGUAAAAAGGAGAGCAAGGCACUAAAUGUCUAUGGAGAUUGGGUCCCAGUGGACAAAACAUCAGUGGAAGCAAAAGCUGCCAUUCCCAUGGCGACAGUGAGCGCCAGUGAAACUCUGAACGCUCUAACAUUACCUGGACAGUCUGAAGCAUUGGCAGCAAAUCACGACAGUGUUUUCCCUGACCAACCGCCACAGCCUGUCGACAUCUCUCAGGCUGUGAGUGAGAGAAUCAAAGCUCAGAGGCGCUUAACCGAGAACCCCCUUGAUGUCAGUGCCAUCUGCAUGCUUACCCGAGCCCAAGAGCAGGUGGAUUUGUGGGCGCAGUCCAACACCAUUCCUGGUCUAUUCACUGGCUCCACUGGAGCCCAGGUCCUUUCUACGGAGGAACUGUCAAACAGCGGACCACAAGCUUGGCUGAAGAAGGACCAAUUCCUCAAAGCUGCACCGGUAUCAGGCGGCGUCGGCGAGUUUCUAAUGAGAAAGAUGGGUUGGAAGACAGGAGAAGGCCUUGGGAGGAACCGCGAAGGCACUGUGGAGCCGAUCAUUAUUGACUUCAAGGUGGACCGCAAAGGUCUGCUUGCCGAAGGGGAAAAGCCACAGAAACCAACAGGGGGAAUGGUGGUAACCAAGGACCUCAUGGGUCCCUUCGCUGCAACAGAGGCCAGCCCGGUGAGGCCAUGCCGCAUCGUUCGCUUCCCCCACGGCCGACCCAUUGGAGACUUACGUCCCCGUUAACAUUGUUUGGGCAUGUGGGUCGGCCUCUGUUGCGAGGAAGGUACCAGUCACUGACCGAUCGACGCGUAACCAAGUCAACCCGUCUGCACAUCGAUUCGAUGUUUAGGGGCCCUCUAAAUGCACAAAAAGUGUUUCCAUCAUGCUUUUGCAAAAAAUGUCAAUAUCAAAACAUUUCACAAACCUCCUCAUGAGAGCACAAAAAUACUUUUGUGAUAUUUGAGAUAUUUUGCUGUGUGUAGAAAGACUAGAAUUCCAAAGUGCAAAAAAACUCAUUGUUUUAGAAGCAAUUUUAAAGGGGAACAUUAUCACAAUUUCAAAAGGGUUAAAAACAAUAAAAAUCAGUUCCCAGUGGCCUGUUGUAUUUUUUGAAGUUGUUUUCAAAAUUUUACCGGUCCCGGAAUAUCCCUGAAUAAAACUUUAAAGUGCCUUAUUUUCGCUAUCUUCGAAACCACUAUCCAUUACCCUGUGAUGCCAUACAGGGCUGCCAAUACAAACAACAUGGCGGUUAUCACAGCAAGAUAUAGCGACAUUAGCUCGGAUUCAGACUCGGAUUUCAGCGGCUUAAGAGAUUCAACAGAUUACGCAUGUAUAGAAACAGAUGGUCGGAGUACGGAGGCAGAUAGCGAAAACGAAAUUGAAGAAGAAAUUGAAGCGUUUGAGCGAAUAGCUAUUAACGCUAUUCGGCCAUAGCGUGGGUGUACCUAAUGAAGUGGCCCAUAGCAUGGCUGCCUUAUUAGCAUCGCCGGUAAAAUGUGCAGACCAAACGAUCAGGACUUUCGCAUCUUGUGACACUGGAGCAACUUAAAUCCGUUGAUUGGUAAGUGUUUGUUUCACAUUAAAUGUGGGUAUCUAUUUUCAAAUGUACAUACAGCUAGCGUAAAUAGCAUGUUAGCAUCGAUUAGCAUAGCAUGUUAGCAUCGAUUAGCUGGCAGUCAUGCCGUGACCAAAUAUGUCUGAUUAGCACAUAAGUCAACAACAUCAACAAAACUCACCUUUGUGAUUUUGUUGACUUAAUCGUUGCAAAUGCAUCUGCAGGUUAUCCAUACAUCGCUGUGCCAUGUCUGUCUUAGCAUCGCCGGUCAAAUGUGAAGACACUCUGGUACAUUCAAUGGGGGUCUGGCGGCAGAUUUCUUGCCAGAGGUGCAACUUGAAUCCCUCCCUGUUAGUGUUGUUACACCCUCCGACAACACACCAACGAGGCAUGAUGUCUCCAAGGUUCCAAAAAAUAGUCGAAAAAACGGAAAAUAACAGAGCUUUGACCCGUUGUUUUUAAUGUGAAAAUGAAUAUGGCGGGUAUGUUACCUCGGUGACGUCACGUUCUGGCGUCAUCGCUAAAAGACCGAUAAACAGAAAGGGUUUUGAUUUGCCAAAAUUCACCCAUUAAGAGUUCGGAAAUUCCCUAAAAAAAAUACAUGGUCUUUUUCUGCAACAUCAAGGUAUAUAUUGACACUUGCAUAGGUUUGGUGAUAAUGUUCCCCUUUAAACAUUUCAAUGAACAAGCCUUUCAUCAUGAUUUGUCUAUUGUGGACUGGGAUGAAUCUAAUACCAGAUGUAGAGCUAGCUUGGAUGUUUUUCAAAUACACUUUUAUGCAAAUUAUAAAUAAACAUGCACAAUAGGUCCUGGGUUCGAUCCUGGGCUUGGGAUCUUUGUGUGGAGUUUG